AUGAAGAUUAUGCAAAAAAACGAAGGAGGGAAGGUCAGGCCCGUCGUAGUGGGGGGCAACAAGCUGUACAGGAAGAUGGACUUCCUGUCUGGACUGGUUGAGGUCGGGCUGUACGGCUCAAGGACGAGUACCCUGUUUGCUGGAGCGGCGGGGAAUGAGGCCAUUGAUAGAGAGUGGCUGGCCGAAGUACGCAACAAGUGCACACUGAAAGUACCCUUAGACCAGUCGAGCUUCGACAACAACCAGUCGAAGAGCACGAUUCUUGCCGUGCUCUUGGGCAUGGAGCAGUAUAUAAUGGGACAUGCGUCUGUGACUGAGGAGUACAGGGAAGUGUGGGACCGAAUGUGGGAGACAUUCACAGUGGCGGGGGUUGAUGUCAUAAUGGGCAACGACCGCCGCACCUGGGAAAAAACGGGGUGCCAUCGGGAUGGCGCUGGACUGCCCUCAUCGACACUAUAUUGA